AUAUAAUCACUACGGCCACUGCCACUUGCCUUUCGCAGCGUUCCGGUGAAUAAACCAAAUAAGUGAAACUUUAUUUAUAAAUUUUGUGUACCGCUUAGAUUCUAGCGUGUUGAAUUCUAUAUUUAAAUACAUUGCAGCACUCAAUACAUUAAAACAUGCCGAACAUAAAGCUACAGUCGUCCGAUAACGAGAUCUUCGAUGUCGACGUUGAAAUUGCUAAAUGUUCCGUCACAAUCAAAACUAUGUUGGAAGAUCUUGGCAUGGACGAAGACGAGGAAGAAUCCGUGCCGUUGCCCAAUGUUAAUUCUGCUAUUUUGAAGAAGGUGAUCCAAUGGGCUACGUACCAUAAAGACGAUCCUCCCCUACAAGACGAUGACGAGAACAAAGAGAAAAGGACAGACGACAUUUCAUCCUGGGAUGCCGAUUUUUUGAAAGUUGAUCAGGGAACUCUGUUUGAACUCAUCUUAGCGGCGAAUUAUUUAGAUAUCAAAGGGUUAUUGGAUGUGACAUGCAAGACGGUUGCAAAUAUGAUUAAGGGCAAAACUCCAGAGGAGAUACGCAAGACAUUCAAUAUCAAGAAUGAUUUCACGGCCGCGGAGGAAGAUCAGGUGCGCAAGGAAAAUGAGUGGUGUGAGGAGAAGUAAGCCUGAUUUCAUCAGCUAUUUACAUAACUACAAACAACAAUAUUAUAAUGGAUGAGGACUUGGGAAAACAUACUAAUCUCUCCACAUAAUAGAAUAAAUCUAAUACUAUUGACACAAAUAAGUAUAACUAUAGUCGUAGUUGUGUCUUAAGGCGUGAUUCCACCAGUGUGUGGGUGGCACAAGCAUUUUCGUACUGAGUGUGCCUGUCCGCACACUGGUGGAAUCCCGCCUUAAGAAUUCCCCAAUUUUUGUGUCAUAGUUUUCUUUAUCGUUUUUGUGCUUGUCAGGUAAGCUAUUUUUUGUUUUGUUAUAUCUAACAUUCUAGUGAAUGUUCUCUCCUACUCGUACAUAGCGACAUACAAUAAAUUAUUCCAGGUUUUAUGGAUUUUUAUUAUGAAGAAGUGUCUCAUGUAUGCUUAAUUUUAACAGCAAUUUUGUCUGUACAUGAGAAAUUGAGAACAGUACCAGGAAAAAGCAAAACAUGCAGGUUACUCGCACUUGUAUUCAAUUUAUUAACUUUGUUAUAGGGUUAAGAGGCAUUACUCCUAUUCAGCCAGCCAUUCGUAAUGUUGCUAUUGCAAGAAGUCUCAGGAUUCAUUGAACAUUCUUGAUGGAUAUUAUCUUAGACAUUUUCUGUUUAGUCAGGAAAUGUUAAAUGAUGUGUAACGCUUGUUAUUAACAAACGAUUGAUUGAUUGACAUGUCAACAUUUUAUGAGACCUGCUCAAUAGGAACCAUUUACCUUUUGCCUGUUUGCAUUUCUUGUAGAUAUAUUACAAAAGAAAAAAAUACUUUGGUGCUAGAGUUGUGCCGUUCCCG